CGUACUUUUAAUACAUUUUUAAUGAUUUUUUUUUUGUACAGACAUCAAACCAUAUGUUGAGACCGUACAGUGAAGCAACUUCUUACAAACGUUUGAUAUUACACGUCCCCUUUUUGGGCCAUUGGGUGCAUUUUUACAACACAAAGCGAAUCAUUCUGCAGCAAAACAAAACCCUCCUGCUGCGACUGCUGCCUACUACUGGCGGUGUUACAACAGAACCAUAAAACUCGUUGCACCGUACCGUGACUACGACAGUCGUGUGAUAGGACGUCUCAGGUCGUAACAUUGAAGGAACGCUACAGGGCAUAAAAGUUUCAAAAAAUGCUCCAAACUAGCAGCAGCAAGUGCUCACUUCUAACCGUCCUGGUGUUGGUGAACGUGAUAGGCGAGUUUCCAUUGCUUCUAGCUAAGGCCGGUGACAGUGACCUAAAUGAGGUGCGCAUUGGAUUUGGAACAUCGUUCAGCGCACGGCGGGACGUUCGGUUCCAUCUUUAUACGCCACUGAACCGCGCCGAUGCGCACGUAUUCUCGAUCGAGACGGUGGACACGCUGAUGCGAUCCUUCUACAACUCCAGCCAUCCUGUGAGAAUUAUCAUCCACGGAUGGUUUAACAAUGCCACCUCGCUGGUGAUACAGGGCAUCAAGGAUGCGUACCUCGAUGCCGGCAGCUACAACGUGAUCGGUGUGGAUUGGGGCGUCGGUGCGGGUGAGUCCUACUUCCGUGCGUCACAGUACACGAUCGCGGUCGGGUUGGUGGUGGCGGACCUGGUCAAGCAGCUCGUACGCUCCGGUAUGGCCGAGCUGGACAGGCUCUACCUGGUCGGCCAUAGUCUCGGAGCACACAUUGCCGGCAAUGCAGGUCACUCGCUCAAAGGUCAACCACUCCACGUGAUCUACGGGCUCGAUCCGGCCUCGAUCAACUUCUUCCAGGACGAGCCGGACUCGCGCCUCAGCCCAGACGAUGCACUGUACGUGGAGGUUAUCCACACCAACACGCAACUCUCCGGCUAUCCGGCACCGCUCGGGCAUGUCGACUUCUACAUGAACUAUGGGCGUAAGCAGCCCGGCUGCAAGACGGACGUCUGUAGCCAUGGCCGCUCGACCGAGUACUUUAUCGAGUCGUUACGUAACACGACCAAAGGAUUCUGGGGCGUCGGGUGUAACGAUUACGCCGAGAUCCGGCAGCGCACGUGCUACAACAUCAAGCAGCAGGCGGUGAUGGGUGGUGAGUACUGGCAGAAGAACAUUACGGCCGGUGUGUACACGGUCGAGACGCUGGCAGAGUCACCGUACGCGAUGGGUUACGUUCAUUAGUAGCGUGUUGUUACUUAAGCUUAUGUCACGCCUCGUGUGCAAGGAGUGUUAAUCAUGGUAAAUAACAGUAAAUAAACGUCCCCAAAUAAUGAUAAUGCA